UCCUGGGAUGGAUGGAUGGGUGGUGAGAAGCUGGACUCCACUGGUGGCAGAGGGACCAGGGCAUCUCUACUGGGCACCAGAAGGCCACCCAGAAGAUCAGUGGGCAAGGUCCUUCCAUUUCUUAGAGUGGAAGGGGCCUCAUGUGGGCAAUGGGCACAUCAUGCGCUCUUCCUGGGCAUGGCAGGGCAUGGCAGGGCAUGGCAGAUGCUGCCACUAAUAGCCUUCCUCUUGAGCUCUUGCCUCCAGUUGUCCCAGAGCCAUGGUGGGCAUGAAAUCGGAGUCACGUUGGACCCACCAGAACCUGUCGCAGGGCAGAACAUCACCCUCACCCCCGGAGGAUACUUGGAAGGCAUUGGCAUCUGUUUUUGGUUACGAGGAGGAGGAGAUGAGGAGCACCGGAUCCUCACUUACUUCCCUCCUCCAGUCUUUGUACAAGAAGACGGACCGGCCAACACCGGGCGAGAAACGGCAGGCAAAGACUGUUCACUGCACAUCCGAGAGCUGAAGGCGGCCGACACCGGGAACUACACCAUCUUGAAGAAUAAGCUCCGGGGGUCCGGUGACCCUCAAAAGGGCCACGUAUACCUCUUUGUCCCAGAAAACACAGGCAAUCCAGAAACGAAAAAGGUUGAUGGUGUCCCUUCAGGCUUCAUUGCAGGGACUGCGGCUGGCUCUUUCCUGGGUUUGAUGUUCUCGGGAAGUUUGGUUUAUUACGGACUCUUCAGCGUAUCUUCCUUGUGGUGCUAGAGAGAGAUCAUCCCAGUCCAUAAUACUGGCAUCUGAGUUUGGAGCUUAAACUCAAGAGGAUGAGUCCUUGGCAUCAGUCAGACACUUUUGUUUUGUGCCAAAAGUGCAGAAGGAGACAGCAACAAAUAUAUCUGGAAAACA